AGCUUAAAUAAAAGCUAACACGCGCACACCUAUCGAUAUCGGUGCGUCUAUUGCCGGCUAUGUGUCAUCCCUAUCAGUGCUAAACAAAAACAAAACACGCGCAAAAAUAUAAGAAAAAAUUGCCAUUGUUUAUACCGGACAGAUCAUCAGAGAUGGACAUCCUACUGGCCAACGUGAACGGCCUGCAGUUCAAGGCGGAGCGGGACCUGAUCGAGCAGGUGGGCGCCAUACCGCUGCCCUUCUAUGGCAUGGACAAGUCCAUUGCCGCCGUCUGCAGCGGCCAGGAGUGCGACAAGGGCAGCGCCUGCCCCUUCCGGCACAUCCGCGGCGACCGGACCAUUGUGUGCAAGCACUGGCUGCGCGGCCUCUGCAAGAAGGGCGACCAGUGCGAGUUCCUGCACGAGUACGACAUGACCAAGAUGCCCGAGUGCUACUUCUACUCGCGCUUCAAUGCCUGCCACAACAAGGAGUGCCCCUUCCUCCACAUCGAUCCGCAGAGCAAGGUGAAGGACUGCCCCUGGUACAAGCGCGGCUUCUGUCGCCACGGACCCCACUGCCGGCACCAGCAUCUGCGCCGGGUGCUCUGCAUGAACUACCUCGCCGGCUUUUGUCCGGAGGGUCCCGCCUGCAAGCACAUGCAUCCCCGCUUCGAGCUGCCACCCCUGGCGGAGCUGAGUAAGGAUCAGCUCCACAAGAAGCUGCCCACGUGUCACUACUGCGGUGAGCUGGGUCACAAGGCCAACUCGUGCAAGCAGUAUGUGGGCAGCGUGGAGCAUCGCAACAAUAUCAAUGCCAUGGAUCACUCGGGACACUCUGGGGGGCACUCGGGUCACUCCGGCCACUCAGGCGGACACUCUGGUCAUUCUGGUCACUCUGGUGGACACUCUGGACACUCGGGGCACUCAGGUCACUCGGGCCACUCCGAGGGCAACGAGGACGGCUCCUCUAGCCACCACAAUCAGCACGGUCCGCCCGGCUACGUCAAGGUGCCCACGCCGCUGGAGGAGAUCACCUGCUACAAGUGCGGGCACAAGGGUCACUAUGCCAACAAGUGCCCCAAGGGCCACCUCGCCUUCCUCUCCAACCAGCAUAGUCAUAAGUAGAGCCUAGGAAUAAGAGUUUGUAAUGUAGCCCCCACAGAGGGAGAGAGUUCAGAAAUAAAUCUUCCGCGGAGACGGCGGGAUCUUUCCUUCGAUUCCAGCUGCUGGAGGUCUCGAGGUCGCAAAGCAAUCAAGUUGAAGCUCUGAAAUAACUGAAACCAACUGCCCCUUUGUUAUCAGCGAAAUAAAAACAUAAU